AGAUCUAUGGAAUCCUGGAGGAAUUCGAGAUGCUUCCCCGGACCAAAGCUGAACAGCAAGAGGUGGGACAGGUCAUUGAGCAGUUGGAUCGUGAUGGCUCUGGGGCCUUUGAUAUUUCAGAGUUCCAAGACUUUUUCCAGAUGAUGAUCCAACAGGGAAGGCUCUCUGAGCGCAAGAACGAGCAUGAUGCAGCCGUAAGCCUCAACUUCAGCGAUGAACAGUUCGCUUACCUCCGCAGGACUAUGCAUUGCUUCGCUGUGUGCUCCGAGGCGUUCACGGCGCGCAGAGAAGCGACAGUCCGUGAAGCACACGGAGCUGUGCGCAUUCUUCGUGGCACCUGGGCAGGGAAACCGGAAGCGGAUGGUGCGGUUGGCUUCAUUGGAAAUCAGGGCCUUUUUGUUGAAAUAAACUCCUUCAUCAAACCAGAGAUGGAGUCAACUCAUGAGGUCUCCCAUAGGUUCAUGCGGUGUCCCUAUGGUGAGUCCUGCACCCACGCGCAUGGCAUUGAAGAGUUGCGCCUUCCACACGGAGAGGUCUUGCCGGAGGGGAUGGAGGCGGGCUACGUUGGACAUACACACAGCUUGGAUGGACAUCAUGGCCAGUUAGACUACAAGUUGCCCCAAGACCAGCAAUCCAUUUCGACCUUUUCCGGCGAAGAUGCUGAGUCGCUGGGUGGGAAAACUGGUCAGUUGAGCGACCUGAAAAUCAGAGAUUCUCCCCAAAUGGCGAUUUUCGUAGGGAAGAUAUGGGAAAAUGGUGGUUAA